AGUCUAUAACAAUAAAGUUCCACUCAUUCUUCUGGUGUCUAUUUCUUGACCUUAUGCCUUAGCUCCACUAAGAUCUCUUCUUCCUUCUCUCCAUCCCCCAAAUCCCACCAGGGUACGGACAGUGGAACAGCUCGACCAGCGUUAUCUUCUAGUGCCCGAGAAGGUUAAAGAUGCUUACUUGGUCCACCUUGUGCAAACUUUCCAAGAUGAACAUGAGGACUGGUCCAUCAUCAUCUUCACUAACACUUGCAAGACCUGCCAAAUUCUCAACAUGAUGCUCAGGAAGUUCAAUUUCCCAUCCGUGGCUCUCCACUCAAUGAUGAAACAGAAACAACGUUUUGCAGCGCUGGCAAAAUUCAAAUCGAGUGUCUUUAAGAUCUUAAUAGCUACCGAUGUAGCUGCCAGGGGGCUCGACAUUCCCACCGUCCAAGUAGUCAUCAAUCACAACACGCCUGGACUCCCCAAAAUCUACAUCCACAGGGUGGGCCGAACAGCCAGAGCUGGUAAGGGGAAUUCUCUUGUCCUUUUAGUCUGA